ACCACAUCUUAGUCCCGCCGGGGCCGCCGCACACAAUCCUGUCAGCCUGCCAGCAUUGUCACAUUCCUGCUCCCGUUUUAACGAAGUGCCGUGGAGGAAACUUUGAAAGGUGGUUUAACGUUAAAAAAGCAAAACCAAAAAAAACCCAGAGAGAGAGAGAGAAACGCGGGUGAAACACGGGAGCACAAACCGGAGGCUGUCUGUCUUUAUUGUCCGAGCCGUCAGCGUGGCGUGGUCGACUACUGCACCGAGUCCUAAACCUUAAAACCUGACCACCAUACCUGCUUUCAUCGGAUGCUUUGAAGACUAUCUGUAGAAGAGCCUCGGUAUUAUCAGACAUGGUGAAGUUGACAAAGGCCAAAACGUUCCAGGCUUACCUGGACUCAUGCCACCGUCGCUACAGCUGUGUGCACUGCCGCGCCCAUCUGGCCAACCAUGACGAUCUUAUCUCCAAGUCUUUCCAAGGCAGUCAGGGCCGGGCCUACCUCUUCAACUCUGUGGUGAACGUUGGCUGUGGUCCUGCGGAGGAGAGGCUGCUGCUCACAGGACUUCACGCCGUGGCCGAUAUCUACUGUGAAAACUGCCACACCACGCUGGGCUGGAAAUAUGAACAGGCCUUUGAGCUGAGUCAGAAGUACAAGGAAGGGAAGUAUAUCAUCGAGCUGUCCCACAUGAUAAAGGACAAUGGCUGGGACUGAGAGGGAAAUCUCCAUCUUUCUUCAUGACUUUUUUUCAAAGUUGCAUCCCCUUCGACUUUACAAGGGUUCCAGUGUAGCUUCCUCAUCCUGUGUACGAGCCAUCGCUGUGCCACACUUUCACUUCGUACGGCUUUGCCAAGAAUAGCAUGUGAUGCCUUAUCUUUUUCUGUUCUUCAUGUGUCUCCGGCAGCCACGACAACACAUUUGCUGAUACUGCUAUCCCAAUUGCUAGUUGUGCUGGGACAUGGAGUGAAUGAGUGCAGGGUUUGUGUGUGAAAGACUGGGAGACAUAGUCACACAGGCCACUCUGUGUGUGUGUGUGUGUGUGUGUGUGUGUGUGUGUGUGUGUGUGUGUGUGUGUGUGUGUGUGUGUGUGUGUGUGUGUGUGUGUGUACAUGUUGGAUUUUUAAGCGUGUGUUUGAGUGAUAUCAGCGACCACCAAGAGAGUCUCACUCUGUGGUGGUGAGGCCAGUGCAAGUCAGAUAAUAUGACAUUCUUACACAAGGUAUUUGGGUUUUCCUUUAGAGUUUAAGGUGCACACUUAGAUGUGUCUGGCCCAAACCAAGAAAAGUAGUAUAACCCAUUUCUUAUUAUUUCCAAUGAUCCAAGUGUAUGGGAAUGCUUAGAGCAGUGGGAGGACUUGUUUUUUUUAUUAUCUAUCAAUGAAAUUGAUGUUUUUAUUGUCAGAUCAAAAAUACUUUGUUCGUAUUUUGCCAAAAGCAAUCAGGGUGUUUAAUUAGUAAUGUUUAAAGCCCACAAAGGUAUCCUGCAAGAAUUCAUACAGCUGGACUAUGAGUGAGUUCUCUUUGUAGGUAUACAUUUUUUUGUGUGUGUGUGCGUGCGUGUGUGUGUGCGCGUGUGUGUGUGUGUAUGCACGCGUAUGUCUUUCUAUCUUUUAGAGAACCAAUUUCUGUUCAAAACCAGCGUUGUGAGGACAUUUUGGCAGGUCCUCACAACUUCAAAGUGCACCAAGUGGGUUAAGUCUUGGUUUUAAGGUUUUAACAUUAGAACUGAGUUUAGGGUAAGGGUUGGGUUUAGACAUUUAGUUGUGAUGUUUAAGGGUUAGGCUAAGGGGUUAGGGGAAUGCCAAUGAGUCCUCAAAAGGAUAUAAAGACAAAUGUGUGUGUGCGUGCGUGCUGAGGAGUUGUAAACUGGACGGUGGUAAGAAAAAUUAAUCCGGGGUUCACAUCUAGAGUUUCCACUGCACAGUUUUACUUAAUGCUGAUGAGAUCUAUCCUCCAUGUGUUUGUGUAUAGCCUAACACUGAGCUGCCCUUACAGAUACAUUUACUCAGUUGUGAUUAGGAUUAUGUAGCAUAUUUAUGGUGAUUUUUAAUGUCUGCUUCUUUCAUUAAAAGUGUAUUAUUUUAACUUGAUCUUUCAUUAAAAUACAGUGUGUCUGUAA